AUCAGUAAUGGAGUCACUGUGCUCAGGGCUGCUGAACUGGCACAAGCUGACCUCUUUUCCUCUUGAGGAAGACAACCCUUCCAAGAAAAAUGGAGCAUCCUUUAUAUGGGACAAUAUGACCCCAAUGUAUACUAUAGGUCUUAGAAUCAAGACCAUCAGGACUUCAUACUUGAUGGCCAGCAUAUUAUUGUUACACAAUGUAUAAGUUUAGAGGCUCAGGGGUUAUCAGUUCAGCUGGUUCUUGCAAGACAAAAAUGAAGUCAAAGUCCUGAGCUCAGCUGCCACACGGGGCAAAUUAACUUGGCUCUUAUUCAUAGUGCUAGGCUUUACAGGUAAUCCCAGCCAACUCUCUUGAAAAUACGAGCUGACAAACACAAGCAAGAACAGAGAGUGACCUUCCCAGCAUAAACUCAUCUUCAAAAUUAUUAAAGCUAUAGGAGCUAAAACAGUAUCAUCACCCUCAUCCUAAAGCACACAGCACUUUCUUUCCUAACACAUUCUUUUUUCUGUCCUAGAAAACCCAAUGUGCCACUUUAUGGGGGAUGAAAACCAAACCAUAGAGAUCCAGUUCCACUUUCACCCAUUUUCACCCAUCUUGGAGGUACAAAUGUUUAUUUUUGUGGCUUUCCUGCUAAUGUAUACCGGCAGUCUCAUUGGUAAUGCGACAAUCUUUCUCACUGUCUGGGCAGAGCGUUCACUUCACAUUCCCAUGUAUUUCUUUCUGGCCAACCUGGCGGUUCUGGAGAUCUUUUACUCUUCCACUGUUGCCCCUCUGGCUUUGGUCAACCUCCUGACCAUGGGGAGAAUACCCAUCUCUUUCACUGGCUGUGGCACACAGAUGUUCUUCUUUGUCUUUCUGGGCAGUGCUGACUGUAUCUUCUUAGGGAUCAUGGCUUAUGAUCGGUUUGUAGCUAUCCGGGAUCCUUUGCAUUACACCCUCAUCAUGAGACGGCGGCUGUGUGCCCAGCUGGCUGUGGGAGCCCUUGUCCUUGGUUUCAUUGUAGCCUUACAACUGACAGUUCUGAUUUUCCAUCUGCCAUUUUGUGGCCACAAUAGAAUCACUCACUUCUACUGUGAUGUACUCCCUAUCUUGCGGUUGGCGUGUGGAGAUACUCGAACGCAAGAAACCAUGAUCUUCAUCGCCAGUGUCAUCAUCCUUACCAUUCCCUUUUCCCUGAUCUCCAUGUCAUAUUUCUUCAUUGUGGUUGCCAUUUUGAAGAUCCACUCAGCAGAGGGACGGCACAAGGCGUUCACCACCUGCUCUUCUCAUCUGACUGUGGUUCUCCUCCAAUAUGGCUGCUGUAGCCUCAUCUAUUUACGCCCCAGCUCUAGUUACAACCCAGAAAUGGGCCGUGUGGUGUCUGUUGUCUACACCUUUGUCACCCCUGUCUUGAAUCCCUUGAUCUACAGUAUCAGAAACAAGGAGCUGAAAGAUGCACUAAGUAAGAUAAUGAAAAGACAUUUACUGAACUAAAAAAUGUGAGAGUUUCUGGGGUCAUGUAAAUGGCAGGAAAUACUUCUUCAGAAAAUGAUAAACUCAGGGAUCAGAUGACGUAAACGUUUGGGGAAUUGGAUUUACCUCUUCUGCAUGCCCCAGUUCCUAUUUCUAGCUCCAAAUAUAGUGUAGCUCCUGAAAGGAAGACAUUGUCAUUUAAAAUAAGACAGAGUAAACUUCUGAUGGGCAAGUAUUUCUGUUUUGUUCACUGAUCCAUCCCCAGUGCCUCACUAAAGUAGAUACUCAAUACAUAUUUAUUGAAUUAUGUGAUGGCAAAGAACGGUCCUACUUCUUUGUUAUCUCCCCACAAUGCUAUACAGAUAUUUGUAUUUACUGGGCAUUCAAUAAAUAUUUGUAGAAUAAUUGAGUUUCCCUCGAAGAGCAGGAGUGAUUCUUCAAGUUUCCACUCAUACACUCUUAUUGUUCUCUUUCCUAUGGACUGAGUCUUGGGAAUUGUUUAUUGUGAGGCCAAUCAGUGUUGAGAAGUUGUAAAAAUAUGAUACAUAAAUAUCUGGCAUGUAUUGCUAUUUUAAAAAGUGUAAUUGGUGGUGCUUCAAAAUUAGAAACAGGAUCUUCCUUCCAUUUUCUUCUCAUUCCAAAUGGGAAAUUUCAAGAAGGGGUGAAGGGACUAAUGGUUGUUUGGCAGAACUAGUAUGAGAACUUCCUUUCUCUGUUCUUGCCAACCAAUCUUGUUAUGGUUCUACUUUUAAAGUAACACUUUUCCAGUUAUAAAUAUAGUAAAUGUCCAUUUUUAAAAGUUGGAAAACAUCAAAGUAGAAAGAAAGUUGAAAAAUCAUUUCUAACUCUACCAAUUAAAACAAACCUCAGACAAUAUUUGGGUACUAUACACAUUAUGUAUAUUAUAUUAUGAGGAGCUUUUAUACCAUGCUUCAUUCUCUAACUUCUGACACAAACAUCUGCCAUGCUGAAGGAGCCUUCUAAAAUAUGAUUGCCGUAAUAUAUCCAUUUAUCUUUAUUAGCAUUUAGGUGUCUACCAAUUUUUCACUAUUAUAAGUAUCACCGUGAUAAACAUCCUUACAUAUAAUUCACUGUGUGUA